UGGUAUAACCACAGUCCAAGCGCAGGUCGUACUCUGUCGCACCGACCCUGUUUCUCACUUCCGUCGUGCUACGGAAUUCUCACUAGCGGGAGCUCCUCCACACCGACCUCCCGUAUUCUCUCUUUCUCCAACCUGUAUUCUUCUUAUAAUUCCAACGACUACAACACUCCAAAUCUGUCCAAUCUGAAUUUCAAUCUCGCCUCCUCGUUCGAACACCUACAUCUCCGCCACUCCAACCAUACCCAACCGGCACCCACCAUGAACAUCGCACCUUCCAACUCCCCCGCAGAUAGGACCUCUUACUACUUCUCGCAAUACCCAUUGUACUGCUCUGACUGGCUGCUGAUGGCUGUAGAUACUGAUUGUAUAGCUCUCUCAUCAUACAAGGAAGGAUUCACCAAUAAGCUUCAGGUCGUCCAUGGCCUUAGUUACGAAGCUGACUAUGCCAAAAACAAGCUCUACUCUCCUGGUCUGGCUGAUAUAGAUGAUCAACAACAACAACAACAACUGCAGCAACAAUAUUCGUACGAUGAUGAAGUUGUAGAAGGUUUCUACUUCCACAAAGUGGCAGAGACAUCUGUGGACUACCCCAUUACCAACUUGCAAUGGGACCCCAUGCUUAAGAAUGGCAACGAGGAAAGACUUGCAGCAUCACUGGAGGUGCUACGGCUCUACAAGGUGGAUCACGAUCCCUUCGACCAGAACGGCGAAUACAAACUCGUUCAAACACAUACAUUAGCUAACAACACUACAAGUACAGCUUCCUCGACGAGUUCUAACGGAAACUCAUCUAAACCCAUCGACGACAUCAACACUUUUCCUCCUGUGACUUCUUUCGACUGGAACAGAACAGACCCAAACAUCUUGAUUACUUCAUCUGUAGACACCACUUGCACUGUGUGGGAUUUACAUCGUUCACAUACACUUAAGCAACGUGAUGAUGGCAGUACGCUCGACACAGCCACUGUGAAGACGCAGUUGAUAGCACAUGAUUCAGAGGUAUUUGACGUCAAGUUCGUUCACAACUCAACCAACAUCUUUGCCUCAGUAGGAAACGAUGGAUCGAUGAGAGUUUUUGACUUACGAUCUUUAGAGCACCUGACCAUCAUAUACGAACCAACAUUGUCUCCUCCACUGACUUCGUCAAAUGUGGCAGCUUCUACAAGUGCUUCGGCCCUACAUUCCCGAGCAUUGUUGAAACUAUCCACCUCUAACAUAGAUCAACAUCAUCUAGCUACUGUUGGUAUCAACUCCAACCAGAUUAUCAUUAUCGACAUGAGAGUUCCUGGCCUUCCGGUAGCUACUCUAGACGGUUCUCUUGGUGGCAGAAACGCUGCUGCCAUUAACCUGAUCAAUUGGCAUCCAACUUCUAACUACUUGUUGACAGGAGGUGACGAUUGCCAAGCUCUUGUCUGGGACUGUAACAAUUUAACUCUGAAUAAGAAUGCAGCAACAAACACAAACUCGGACCUCGGUGUAGUUAUCGAUAGUCCAGUACUAGCAUAUGAAGAAGAUCUAGAGAUUAAUAAUGUUUGUUGGAGAGGUGAACUGGGGGACUGGAUGGGUGUAGUCAGUGGAAAGGGUUUCCAGGCGGUGCUGAUGUAGUGAUCAGAAAUGUAAUAUAAUGAAAU